AUUCAUAGCAAGUAGUGUAUACCGUAGUUGGCACUAUCUUGGUGGUGUAAUCAGUAACAACUUUGGUUGUCUUCUCGGUGCAAGUGCUGUAUACGGUGGUUGGUACUACCUUGGUGGUGUAGUCAACUACAACUUUGGUUGUCUUCUCAGUGCAAGUGCUGUAUACGGUGGUUGGUACUACCUUGGUGGUGUAAUCGACUACAACUUUGGUUGUCUUCUCGGUGCAAGUACUGAAUACGGUGGUUGGGUCGUAUUUAGUUACCUUUACGGUGGUUGGUACAGUGCAAGUACUGUAUACGGUGGUUGGUACUGUGCAAGUACUGAAUACGGUGGUUGGGUCGUAUUUAGUUACUUUUACGGUGGUUGGUACUGUGCAAGUACUGUAUACGGUGGUUGGUACUGUACAAGUGCUGAAUACGGUGGUUGGGUCGUAUUUAGUUACUUUUACGGUGGUUGGUACUGUGCAAGUGCUGUAUACGGUGGUUGGUACUGUACAAGUGCUAAAUACGGUGGUUGGGUCGUAUUUAGUUACCUUUACGGUGGUUGGUACUGUGCAAGUGCUGAAUACGGUGGUUGGUACUGUGCAAGUGCUGAAUACGGUGGUUGGUACUGUGCAAGUGCUGAAUACGGUGGUUGGGUCGUAUUUAGUUAUCUUUUCAUUUACGGUGGUUGGUACUACGCAAGUACUGAAUGA